AUGUCAGACGUUGAAGAACAAUUUGAAGAACAACCAGUUGUUCAAGAAGAAUUACAAGUUGUCAACUUAGCCACUCCAAUCCCAUUAGAUGUUCAAGAAGCACAACAAGAAAUUAAAUUAUUCAAUAGAUGGUCAUUUGAAGAUGUCGAAGUUUCAGAUAUCUCAUUAGUUGAUUAUAUUCAAGUUAAACCAACUUUCGUUCCACAUACUGCAGGUAAAUAUGCCACCAAAAGAUUCAGAAAAGCUCAAUGUCCUAUUGUUGAAAGAUUAACCAACUCAUUAAUGAUGAAUGGUAGAAAUAACGGUAAAAAAUUAAAAGCAGUCAGAAUCGUUCAACAUGCUUUAGAAAUCAUCCAUGUUCUUACUGAACAAAACCCACUUCAAGUUGUUGUUGAUGCUAUUGUCAACUCAGGUGCCAGAGAAGAUUCAACAAGAAUUGGUUCAUCAGGUACCGUUCGUCGUCAAGCAGUUGAUGUUUCACCACUCCGUCGUAUAAAUCAAUCAAUCGCUUUAAUUACCAUCGGUAGUAGAGAAGCUGCAUUCAGAAAUAUCAAAACUAUUUCUGAAUGUCUUGCUGAAGAAAUUAUUAAUGCUGCUAAAGGAUCAUCUACUUCUUAUGCUAUUAAGAAAAAAGAUGAACUUGAACGUGUUGCUAAAUCAAAUAGAUAG